UUUGUGUUUUCAUUUAAAUAGGGGAACUGGAGGUUAGUUUUCGUAGGCGAGUGGAGAAUGCUGAAGAGUGAAGAAAGUUAAAAGAAAUACCCAGAGUUCAAAGUAGUAGGAAGAACGCCAAGUCUCAGGUUCCAUUUGUUCGCUAUUCAGAGAUCUACCCCAGUUGGCCCAGUCCUGUUAUAAUUUGGUCUUGUCUGCGCAUGUCACGGUCUUUUGUCCCUCGGCGGACACCGUUUGGCAGCCAAGCUAUGUCUGCGCGCUCGCUGACUUCGUAGUGUGCGGAAUUGUACCUUUUUCCGCGCUUGCCAUGGCGAGCCGAGGGACUCGGCAGCGACUGAAGGGCGGCGGCAGUAGCGGCGGGGACCCGGCCCCGGCCGCGGACAAGCUGCGGGAGCUGCUGGGCAGCCGAGAGGCGGGCGGCGCGGAGCACCGGCCCGAGCACGGAUUAUCUGGAAACAAAGCUGGACAAGUCUGGGCACCUGAAGGAUCUACUGCUUUCAAGUGUCUGCUCUCAGCAAGGUUAUGUGCUGCUCUUCUGAGCAACAUCUCCGACUGUGAUGAAACGUUCAACUACUGGGAACCAACACACUACCUCAUCUAUGGGAAAGGUUUUCAGACUUGGGAAUAUUCCCCAGUGUAUGCCAUUCGCUCCUAUGCUUACCUGUUGCUUCAUGCCUGGCCAGCUGCAUUUCAUGCAAGAAUUCUACAAACUAAUAAGAUUCUUGUCUUUUAUUUUUUGCGAUGUCUUCUGGCUUUUGUGAGCUGUAUUUGUGAACUUUACUUUUACAAGGCUGUGUGUAAGAAGUUUGGGCUGCAUGUGAGUCGAAUGAUGUUAGCCUUCUUGGUGCUCAGCACUGGCAUGUUUUGUUCAUCAUCUGCCUUCCUUCCUAGUAGCUUCUGUAUGUACACUACGUUGGUAGCCAUGACUGGUUGGUACAUGGACAAGACUCCCGUUGCUGUGCUGGGCGUAGCAGCUGGGGCUAUCUUAGGCUGGCCGUUCAGUGCGGCUCUUGGCUUACCCAUUGCCUUUGAUUUGCUGGUCAUGAAACAUAGGUGGAAGAAUUUCUUUCAUUGGUCACUGGUGGCCCUAAUUCUCUUUCUGGUGCCUGUAGUGGUCAUUGACAGCUACUAUUAUGGGAAGUUGGUAAUUGCACCACUCAACAUUCUUUUGUAUAAUGUGUUCACCUCUCAUGGACCUGAUCUUUAUGGUACAGAACCCUGGUAUUUCUAUUUAAUUAAUGGAUUUCUGAAUUUCAAUAUUGCCUUUGCUUUGGCUCUUCUGGUCUUGCCGCUGACUUCCCUCAUGGAGUACCUGCUGCAGAGAUUUCAUGUUCAGAAUUUAGGCCACCCAUAUUGGCUUACCUUGGCUCCAAUGUAUGUUUGGUUUAUAAUUUUCUUCAUCCAGCCUCACAAAGAAGAGCGAUUUCUUUUCCCUGUGUAUCCACUUAUAUGUCUCUGUGGUGCUGUGGCUCUUUCUGCACUUCAGAAAUGUUACCACUUUGUGUUUCAACGCUACCGCCUGGAGCACUAUACUGUGACGUCAAAUUGGCUGGCGCUAGGAACCGUCUUCCUGUUUGGGCUCCUAUCAUUCUCUCGCUCUGUGGCACUGUUCCGAGGGUAUCAUGGACCGCUUGACUUAUAUCCAGAAUUUUACCGAAUUGCUACAGACCCAACUAUCCACACUGUCCCGGAAGGCAGACCUGUAAAUGUCUGUGUGGGAAAAGAGUGGUAUCGAUUUCCCAGCAGCUUCCUUCUGCCUGAUAAUUGGCAGCUUCAGUUCAUUCCAUCAGAGUUCAGAGGUCAGCUACCAAAACCUUUUUCAGAGGGACCACUGGCCACCCGGAGUGUUCCUACUGACAUGAAUGACCAGAACCUGGAAGAGCCAUCCAGAUAUAUCUUCAAGGCUCCUUCGGGCAUUUUAUGUCCCCUUCCUGUCAGAUCAAUACACAGUAUAUGUGAACUACACCAUCUUCAAACCCCGGAAAGCAAAGCAAGCCAAGAAGAAAAGUGGAGACCGAAGAAGAGCAGAACCAGCUUACAGGAAGAUUUGAAAAUCCCUGGACUGGAAGGCUGUGUUAAGCUACUAUCCACACUGGCGUGGCAUCUGAGAACUAGCAAGCCUCUCGCAGGCCACAUGGGCUUCUCCACCAUAGCUGUUCCACAGCUCCUAGCGGACCUCAUUGUUCAAAUCCUAGUGCGAAAAUGAGCCCAGCCUUGUUGCUAACAACAUGUCCUUUUUCACCUCCAGCAAGACGAAGCUUCUGUAAAGCACUUCACAGGACCAGGCCCCUGUCCUGGAGUGAUCUCAGGAAAAAGGCAACCAUUUGAGGAACUGUGACAUAAUUUUAUUGUACAUGAUGCCUUUAAUUUCCAUUUUAUUUCCUUUACUACCAAUUUCAACUAUAUGGCUAUUUUAUGUUUUCUUGUAAGUUUUAGCAUGCUGUAUCUUAAGUUCCUGACUCCUCUGUAUAAAGUAUCAAUAGACUAACAUAUAGUAGAGCAUUCUUAAAGAAAUUAAUCCUACCAGUUGACAGAUUUGGAUGACAUCACAUUUUUAAAUGUAUUCAGAGGCUGUUGCUGAGGACAUUAGGAAUUUUCUUUUUUUAAACAAUCCUAGUGAAAAGGACCAGUGUAUAUUUAUAGCCUGUUUUUCAGUUCUGUGGCAAGGCACACCCUGCAUGAGGUACUUCUCGUCAAAUAGGCAAUGAGAAGGACUCAUUAAAAUGUAAUAAGCAUAUACUGCUACUUUCCCUUUAUUUACAGUAUUUCACAGUUUACAAGGCACUUUCACAAUGUCUCAUUUGAUCCUCACAAUCACAAUGCAGAAUAGACAGCAGAUGAUUUUAUCCCCAUUUAACAGAUGAGAAAACAGACUAAAGAGCUAGAGCCUGAACCUAGGUGGUUUAACUUGUCACCUAGCUUGAGAGGAUGAUGAAGUUGACCAGAGAUCUGACUGAUCCUGUAAGUUUCUGUUUCAAAGAAAAACUUCAUCUACAUUUCUUUGAGUUCAUUGCAGCCUCAAAUCUUCCUGUGUAUGAGACCCUCAUGGCAGCGCUGCAUGAUAUAAUCAGUCUUGUGGCAAGAAAGUACUACUUACUUUGCAAGUCCCAUUCCUUUGCAGCCACAGAGGACCCCACUGUCUGAACUAUCCCUGUCAUUCCUCUAGGGUUACUUUAUAGGUGCCUUAUUUCCCUAAGGGUAACUAUUUCUAGUAAAAAAUAGACUGGAUCUAUUUUUCAGAAUUUUCCAUCUUUCAUCUUUCAAAGGAAGGACUUUCCAAUAGAGACUGAUCCCAAGAGAGGAAGAGAAGUGAUAAUGGGACAAAUGGGUGGUUACUGUACAAAAACUCUAUUCUUCGGAUGCUCUCUAAGGAUCAUUCUUUUCUUUUUAAUGUAAGGAAUAUUCUGAGCUGGAGUAAAGCAUGGGAAAGGUGAGAGGUCCAGACAGUUUAGAACAAUAACUGGAAAGUAAACUGGAGCCCCACUUGUUUGAAAAAUUUGUAACUUUUAAUUUUUGAUACUACUUGUUAGUGUUUUCCAAAGCAAAUAGUGGGUAUUUGAUGGGAUUACAGGGCAGAGGACUGUAAGUGAAGCAUCUUGCCUUUCUUAUAGUAAUAUCAUACUGUCCACAGCACCAAAACCCCUGCUUUUUGCAGGGAUAAGUAAGAGUCCAGUAAUGGAGGUCAGUGAAGGGUCAUGUUUGUCUAAUCAGACUGGUGCAGGCCUGGAAGUCUACUGAAGCUCACUGGUAGAGUGUGUGCUCCCCGUCUGUGAGGCCCCGGGUUUGAUACCUAGCAAACGCACAUGUGCACAUGCUCACCAACACAUGCACACACACAGUGGUACAGUGUUGAUCUGUUAUUUUCUUGCUUGUUUGAAAAAAAAUAAAUGAAAGGCCCCCUGAGCAAGAGCUUUGUUAUAGCACAAAAAAGUCAGGAUUGGAGGGGCUGGGGAUUUAGCUCAGCAGCACAGCGCCUGCCUGGCAAGCGCAAGGUCGUGAGUUCGAUUCCCGGUACCGGAAAGAACCGCCCCCCCCCCCCCAAAAAAGUCAGGAUUGAUACAGGGCUUCCUUGGAAUAUCAGCUCCUAUCCCUUUGAAAACCUCAAUUUUGCUUUUCUCUGUUCUUUAUCUCUUUAGUAAGAGCACAAUAAAUUGCAGAGUACUGUGCAAAGGGCUCUAGAUAAGGAAUAUAAGAAUCUGGUUUUUGUUGUGAAGGUGUUUUUCAUGCGACAGUUUAUGAGUACAUUAAAAAAUUUCCAUCUCUUAGCAUUACCGGGGCUCUGCCUGGGGAAAUGAGUUUCAAACACGUGGUCAGAGUAUCAUUUUUCCUCCAGAGAAUCAGUGUUCAGCAUAAGCUACUUUACUCACCGUAAGUACGUAAGAUACUUACUACUGUGUAGUCGUAUUCAGAAUGCCCUCUGAUUACGGGCUCAUUGAGGGAGUGGGCGCACUUGGCAAAUCUCGGAUUCUCUGAUCUCCAGCUCUAAACCAGCUUUAUCUGAACCCAAAUCUUGUGACACUGAGUACCGUUACAAACCAGUCUGCACGGCAGGCAUCUGUUACCAAAAUUACUUCUCACCUGGUGGGUGUCAUCUGAUAAAAAAGAAGACAGGUCAUUUUAAUCUCUUGGGAUAAUCACAGAAAACUGCAGCCUCUGUUCCUUAUUAGUGAAUUGCAGUUGAGAAGCAGACUCACCGUUUUAAGAGGGUUCUUGAUCCCAAUCACUGCUUUAGGUCAUUUCUCCUUGUUUGAUGUUCUGGGAAAGUUUGAAAACCCUGCGUGAUGAUAUACAGGAUGACCAUUCACCCAUGGCAGUCCUUUACUGUGUUUCACAUUUCCUGCGUAUCCUGAAAUAAGAAUUCACUGUGAUUGUGCUCUCUUCUGGCCAGUACCACACAGUUCUGCUUUUAAUUUGGUUAAUUUUAUUUUCCCUAGAGAGAGAAAAGAGGCAAAUUAAAUCUUUGUCUCCAGAGACAUAGUAAAGGUCAUGUGUUAAUCCAUUCUUAUGCUCCUACAUUAAAUGCCUUGAGUAAGUGGAUAAAUGGACAUGUGCUCAGCUUUAAUUUAAAAAAUUUUUUUUCAUCCUACUUCUGUAUGGCAUUGUGGGGAGUUCCGAGGCUCUCUCAUACCUGUAAAUCUGAGUAUUGCCUUUAAUUUUUCUCAUUUUUGUAACCAUGUGAUUUAUGCUGCCAGUGAAAUCAGGAAGUAGUACAAUGUUGAAGCAAGGGUAUUCUCCAGUGUGUUUGUCUUUCUGAUCCUUGCUCUUUAUUUCAUGUGUCAGUGUUUACAUUACAUAUGUAUUGUAUUUUCUGUGAGAGAGAAAGUUAAAUAAAUCUUGGCAGUUUGA